CAGCAAUUCAGUGGUGAGUCUUUCUGUGUGCUUCAGAGAGAGUUGGAUGAGAGAGUGUGUGAGUGAAUGAGAGAGUCUGUGGGCAGAUAAAUGAAUAGUAGGUAGUAGCACCCUUAGUAAAAGAAUGGUCUUGUUUAUAAUAGGCAGAGGAUUCUGGAUGCUUUCUUUACACAAGCAGCAAUCAUGUGUGCUACCUCUUUUCUUAUGUGCCCUUCAGUUCUGCUGUUCACUGCUAACCUGGCCAUGUGUGUCUGGAGUGCAGGAGAACGAGUGUCCUGGUCCUCGCUGGAAUGCCAUGUGUCGCUCCUGCUGCGAGUACGAGCUGAUCAGGUGUAAGUGUCCAUCUGAGAGGACACAGGUGGGCUACGCUGUGCCCUGCUGCCGUAACAAUAUCCACCAGUGUGACCCCUGCAUCAUAUACCAGGGCUGCAGUGUGUUUGAAAACUGUAAGAGAUGUAAUAAUGGUACGUGGCAGGUAAAGGAUGAUUUUUACAUCAGUGGAAAGUACUGCACUGAGUGUCGACAGGGAUGGACUGGAGGGGACUGUCUCAAAUGUGGAGAAGUAAUACGAAGACCUCAAGGUCACGUAACCCUGGAGGGUUAUCCAGUCAAUGCCAAAUGUGACUGGACGCUAUACGUCAGCAGUGGGUUGGCCGUGGAGUUCAGGUUUACAAUGCUUAAUCUGGAGUUUGAUCACCGUUGUCGCUACGACUUCAUAGAGCUCAGAGAUGGUGAUAGCAUUCGCUCGCCUCUGAUUGGCCGUUACUGUGGAGACAAAAUCCCGCUACCAAUCAAAAGCUCUGGAAACUCGCUGCAUAUCCAUUUUGUAUCAGAUGGCUAUAAUAAUUAUGAUGGUUUCUCUGCAACGUUUCAGGAACUCUCAGACACAGAAGCCAUGAGGAAAAAAUGUCCCCCGUUAUCACAGCCACACCACGGUUACUCCUUAAAGGUUAUCGGCUCAGACGGUGCUAUAGAGAGCAUAGAAUUUUCCUGCAAUCAUUCUUAUAUCCUCAGUGGAAACUCAAAAAGAACAUGCCAGCUCGAUGGAACCUGGAGCGGCAGGCAGCCACAGUGUAUUAAAGCUUGUCGGGAACCAAAGAUCUCAAAGCUAGUGCGACAGAAGGUCUUGAAGCCACAAAUUCCUUUAAGAAAGAGUCCACAUCACAGGCUGUACUCCGCUAUCCAGCCUCAUGAAAGAAGCAGUAGCAGCAGUAUACAGAAAGCUCAGGGUGAAUUACCGACAGGAGUCCACCACCUCUACACAAGCAUAGAGUAUGAGUGCAUCUCUCCUCUGUACCAGCACUUUGGGAGUGCACGCCGUAAAUGUCUAAAAACUGGGAAGUGGAGUGGACGCCAUGUUACCUGUUUACCAGUUUGUGGUAAGCUCUCAUCCAAACCCAGGAACCUGGCACAAACCCACUGGCCAUGGCACGCAGCCAUAUACCAGCGUCUUCCUGAUCACACCAGUCCCAUUACAGGGACAACCAGAAGACACUGGGACAUGUUUUCUGCAGAUGACUAUGACUACUGGCAGGAGGAGAGCAUGGAAGAGACGUGGCAUCUGGUGUGCAGUGGUGCUUUGGUGAGCCAGCAUGCUGUCCUGGUGCCAGCACACUGUGCAACUGAGCCUGGACACUCACUACCCUACAACACGGCUCAUCUAAAAGUAGUGCUGGGAGAGAAUAAGAGGCUUCAGUACAUGAAGGUCUCAGAGAUCCUGGUUCAUCCCAACUAUAAUUCUACUGGAUUUGACUCAGACCUAGCUAUACUGAAGCUGGUGGAGAAGGCUAGGAUCAGCGAGUUCAUUUCUCCUGUGUGCUUGCCUCGUCUGCAGGGAGGGGAGCUAACUGUGAACCAGGCUUACAUCACUGGCUGGUCGGUAGCAAGAAAGCAUGAAACACACUCUCAAGUGGCUCAGACAGGAACAAUUGAACUAACCGAUGUGUUGCGGUGUGAAAGACAGUAUGCUAAACAAGGGAUUGCCAAAAGCAUUACUGAUAAUAUGUUGUGUGGGAGACAACAUCCUAUCAGUUCCAGUACAGUCUGCCCUGCCAGAUCAGGCGGAAUCAUACUUGCUCCUACUGCACCACAGCACAAGAGAGGAAAAGAAAAUGUCUCAGAGACAGCAUGGGAACUGCUGGGCCUGGUGAGCUUUGGCUUCAAUGUGCAAAACUGUAAUCCACAAUUGUACACAGUAUACACACGAGUUGUCAACUUUAAGAACUGGAUUGCAAAUAACAUAAAAUAACAUAAUAUUUCGAAGCAUACAGAUGUGAUAAAUCAGGUUAUGGACAAUAACAAGCAUUUUCAAAAUGUUAUAUAUGUUGCUAUAUUUUAUAUCAUUUUUUUAAACAGAAUGUCUUGGCUUUUUUAUACAAUGUAUAACACACAGUAUGUUCUUUAUCACAAUCAUAAAUCUUAAAGGUAUCGGUUCAAGCCUGUUAUCAUGAUCCAUCACUGUGUCUUGCCAAACAUGCUUGUACCCUUACAUGCACAGACAAGACUUUUUUUGUCUAAGUAAGGCCAUUUGGACACAUAACUCUCAUAUUUAACUGGUUUCAACCCCUAAAGUUUCAGUAACAUUUCAGCUCUUUUUCAUUCUGAUCCACUUGACAUUCUUGUUCAUUUUAAAUAAUGAAAACGUUUUACAGAAAUAUGAGAGAAAACAAUAUGAUCUAAAACAAGAACAGAGACAUUUCCCACAUCACCUUUGUGAUCGAUUUGAUUUCAAAGGGCUAAAAUACUUACAAUAAUUCAAACUCAAAAAUAUCACUGAACAGGUUUUUAUAUAAAAAUUUCAACAGCACACAUUGAAUCUCUAACAUUUUAUCAUGUCCUCAGGCCUGCAGUCCAAAGCUCACUGAUUUAGUUCUGGCCAUUAAGAAUUAACCUCAUCCUCAAUGAUUAAUGCAUAAAAAUCUGUGUGAACCAUUUGGGUAAAAAAAAAAAAAGCUCAAUCCUGUAUUCUGGACAAUCCGCUAUCAUGUCAAGUUUAAACUGAAACAUUUUUUAACCCACUACAUUUGCUUGUAUUUUUAACAAAUAGAAUAAUAACAGGUGACUCAUACAGUAUAAUUGCUCUCAAUAUUUUUAUUCUGUAUAGGGACUUAAAAGGUGUGAAGAUGCAAUGAGAUUGAAGUGAAGUAAGAGGUGAUAGGAGUUAUUUAGAUGAUGGAGUUAUUUCUAGUCCGUGUUUGAGAAGACCACAAUGCUGACCGAACAUGUUGUGGUUCUAUAAGCAGACACCGUACAAGAUUAGGUGGGGUCACGAAGGAUCACGACUACCUGUAUGUCUAUGUACAGAUUAUGUGCAUGCAGAAGAUAUUCUCUUUAUGUUAUGUGAUAAAGCAAGAAAAAUCCUGUGUAUGAAAUUACCACACAUUACAGGCAGGUGCUGCUGAGUCAGCGAAUGUAAAAAGCUCUUAUGUUACAGCAUGUGAAUUUCUCCAUUAUCAAACCGGUUUAUCUGACAAUGAGAGUGCAUGCAUUUUGGGUCACGAUCCCUAAAUAUGUUCAUGUAAAUGUGGGUUUUUUGUUGACUUUCUAUGUGGAACCACCUCAUAAAUAAAUGUGGUAGAGUACAUUCUUCAUAACAAUAAAUGAUUUAGUUGAAUGGA